AUGGCGAGCGCGUAUCUUCUUGCACUUCCUGAUGAAGUGCUUCUGCAUGUGGUGGUGGCCGCGGUGGCGGAUGGCGGUGCAGCAGCGCAGGCUGCGGUCCAGAGCACCUGCCGCCGGUUGCGACGGAUCGGCGACGAUGUGGCGGUGUGGCGGGCGCUGGGUGGGGCGGAUGAUGCCGGCAUUCUGACCGUGGUGGCGUGGAAGGCUGUGGCGCUCUCAAGGCUGCCGAGCUGGUGGGCGGUACGGGAGGCGCGCUGGCGAGGACAAUGGUCGCUAGAGUGGCGCCCGGCUACGGUGGCGGUGGCGGCGUGCGCUCUCAUGGUCUCGCCGGCCUACAACGGCCAGUCACGCCGUCUCGACCGCGCCACCGAUCGGCUCAUGCUCGUCGCCGCGCCCAUCCUCGCUGCCGCUACCGCUGAAGAGGUGGCCGAAGACGUGGUGGCGCCGGUCGUGGCGAUGACCGACGCCAUGAAGGAGACCGUACCCGGUGCUCGCUCCCGUCGCAGCUGCUGGGGGUAUCUGAACAGCCUCGGCCCGCUCGGCCACCUGCUCCGGUGCGGCGUCAUGACCUUGCCGGGCGAGUCUUGGCGGGCCGAGGUCGCGCGGCAGGUGGCCCACGUCUCUGACGCGCUGGCACAUGCCGGUAUGGCCGGCUUCAUCCCGCUCCGCGACCUCACUCUGGCGCAGCUUGAUGUUCUUGGGGAGCUUUGCACUGCUGCAGUCGCUGCUUUUCGCAUCGAGAUGCUCCCGCCGGCCGCCGGCCCUGUCUUCCGCCGUCUCGUCCGCGACCUUCGCGCUCGCCUCGGGCCUCCGGACGGGCCGGAACUGGUAAUGCUGGACCCGGCCGAGCGUCUGGUGCUGGGCGUAGUCAUGCAGGCUUUUACUGGCCACGCACAUGCGGUGUAUCUCGAUGCCGACGAUCUACCCAACGUCAAUCGCGCCGGCCAUCUUGUUCUCCAGACCCUCCAGAACGCUGGCAAUCUGAUACUGGCGCCCACGUCGAGCGCACCGCUCGAAUACCUCAACUCAUGGCUCCCUGCCAUGCACGCGCACCUAGUGCAUGAGAUCCACCGACUCCUUGCUCCUCCUGGUGGCAGCACCAGUCUAUCUCCCUCUACUGCCGCAGCUGCCGCAGACUCGGACUCGGACGCCGACUCGGACGCCGAGUUCACUGCCCUCGCGCACCACUCUGCCAAGGAAGAACUGGAGGUGCUGAUCAUGGGUGCGAUGGAUCCGCUCGCCGCCGCCAUUGCCAUCCGCCUCGACAGUCAUCAUCCAAAUGCCGCGGCGGUCCUUGUCGCCGACAUGGCCCGGCUCUGCCCAGAUCGCCUCGCCUGA